AUGAUUAAUUCUGGUGUUUCUUUGAUCAUCGAUUGUUCUCCUGGGAAACACGAGUAUAAGUUUUUCAUCGACGGCGCUUGGUAUCAUGAUCCUACUAAGGUAAGUAUUUCUAACUACGACAUUUUUAAACCUCAAUUCAGAUUCUAUAAGAUUUUAUUUUUUAACAGUUAG